UCGAAACUUUGUUGAUUAUAGAUCAGUGUUACUCUGGUUUCUCGUGUGACAUCGUGACCUCAGCUAACGAUGGCCAAUAUAUGUGAGCUGAACUGCACGUGUCACGAUAUCUUGGAAACCUUGGGUAAACCUCCGUGUUACAUGUGUGCUGAUCAGGAGUGCUCUGUUGCGGGAAGACGAAAAGCUAAUCAGCCACUUCAGAACCACUUAGACACAGGCGAUUUCAGGAGAGAAACCUCGCCAUCCACAGCCCGUCAACGGAAGAAAACGUCGUUGAUAACGAUAAGAUUGUCAAGAAAUUGGUACACGCGCCUCGGCAUCGUCCUCGCACGGGAUGUGAAGAACCGGGUCGUCAUUCGCAAUAUCCUGCCGGGGACCCUGGCGGAGCACGACGGGCGGCUGCAAGUCGGAGACGUCCUCGUGAAGGCAGAUGAACAGUAUCUCGAUGAAUUAGAGAUGUGUCAGGUGUAUGAGUUCCUGAGGAUGUUCGGGAAUACAAUUUCUUUGCGAGUCCUCCCUGUGUCGGGGGUAAGAACAAUAGUACCCAAAAUCAUUGAUGUCACCAGAAGUUACAGAGACACUCUCAGCAACCAAGAAGUGCAAUCUCGUGCAAUGGAAAAGUGUCCUGAAAUAAGUAAGUAUGCUUACGUCAAGAAAAACCCUGGGUACGGCUUAAAAAAAGGUUUACAGAGAAAAAAUAGUCACAUGACCCAUGCUUAA